AUGCACCCCAAGCACGCUCCCACCAGCACGCUGCUUCUCCCCACCCGCGACGGCCUGCACGAGCUGCACGUGGCCGAGUACGGCGCGCCGGGCGGCACGCCCAUCGUCUACCUCCACGGCGGCCCGGGUGGCGGCACUCCUCCCGACGUGCCGCGGCUGUUCGACCCGGCCGUCUUCCGGCUCGUCACCUUUGACCAGCGCGGGUGCGGCCGCUCGCGGUGCGCCGACCGGCUGCUCGCCAACACCACGGCCCUGCUCAUCGACGACGUCGAGGCCGUCCGCUGCCGCCUCGGGAUCGAGCGCUGGGCCGUGUUUGGCAGCUCGUACGGCUCGCUGCUGGUGGCGCUGUACGCGGCGCGGCACAGCGCGCGCGUCACGUUCGCUAUCGCGCACGGCGUCUUCCUCGGCACGCGCGCCGAGGUUGGCUGGCUCUACGAGGCCCCCGGCGCCUCGCGCUUCUACCCGGACCAGUGA